GGCUCAGCGCGGGCGGAGGCGUGAGGGGCUCAGGCGGAGACAUGUCCUCGGGGGUGGCCGCGCGUCGCGACGCCAAGAAGCUUGUGCGCUCGCCCAGCGGCCUGCGCAUGGUGCCGGAGCACCGCGCCUUCGGAAGCCCGUUCGGCUUGGAGGAGCCGCAGUGGGUCCCGGACAAGGAGUGUCCAAGAUGUAUGCAGUGUGAUGCCAAAUUUGACUUUAUCACCAGAAAGCACCACUGCCGCCGCUGUGGGAAGUGCUUCUGCGACAGGUGCUGCAGCCAGAAGGUGCCACUUCGGCGCAUGUGCUUCGUGGACCCUGUGCGCCAGUGUGCCGAGUGUGCCCUGGUGUCUCACCGCGAGGCUGAGUUUUACGACAAGCAGCUCAAGGUGCUCCUAAGUGGAGCUACCUUCCUCGUUACUUUUGGGGACUCAGAGAAGCCGGAAACCAUGGUUUGCCGUCUCUCCAACAACCAGAGGUGCUUGAUUCUGGACGGGGACAGCCAUCAUGAAAUUGAGAUUGCGCACGUCUGUACCGUGCAGAUUCUCACAGAAGGCUUCACCCCUGGAGUAGAAAAAGACAUUCACACUUACACCAGCCUCCUGGGGAGCCUGCCCGCCUCUCAAGCGGGCAGCACUCGGGCCACAGGCAUGUUCCUGCAGUACACGGAGCCAGGGGCAGAGGCUGCAGCGCAGCUGAGGCUGGUGGCUGGAGAGGAUGCAAAUGGCAGCAAGAGGCAGGCAGCAGCGUGGCUGGCAGCCAUGCACAAGGCCACCAAGCUCCUCUACGAAUCUCGAGACCAGUGACUUCGAGGGAGCUGAGCUCAGCACAUCGGGUUACCAAGUCCAAGCUGCUUGUCCCUGCCUGAUGAGGCACUCAGGGCUCUGCUCUGUGUGUGCUUGGAAAUGCAGUUCCAGUGUCUGGAAGCAGAGUGUUCACUUACCUAGUGCAAUAUGUACACAGUUGAUUAACGCUUUAAAGAACUUAUGUUGUAUUGUUGGUAUUUACUAGGAUUGGGAGAGGCUGCACUACAGUACUAAAUCAGUUUUAGUAUAACCUAUACCAUGUUUAUAGAUCCCCAGGUCUGUUAAAGACUUUGGGCCCUGUUCCCACAGAAACAAAUUAGGUGGUGGUCAUUCAGGCCCCUAGUUUAGCAUUGGACCCGCCUAUCUCCAAUAGCCCGUUUAUAACGCCUUAGCCUGUUUAUGACUCUCUGUCUAUUUUGUCACUAACUUGGGGCAAUGAACAAUCCUUUUCUACGUCACUAAGAGAAGGCAUCACCUUCGUGUUUUCUACUUUUCUCUUCCUGUUUCACUUUAUUAAAUGACUACACAGCGAUUUGUAUAUAAAGUAUAUAAUUAAAACUUAUUUUGAAAGUA